AAUGAUAAGACACUUGAAUUGUGUUUACUUUCUCAAUUUGCCCCUCUCUGGUCUAGGAUAUUUGGCUCUCUUUGGAACUCAGGAAAAUGAAGGAAAGGAAAGAAAAAUUAAAAAAAAUUCUCUUCUUUUAUUUGGUUGGAAAAGAAAGAGAGGAAAAAAAUAUAAGUUUCAAGUUUAGUGAAUAUUAAAUUUUCUUUCUCAUUUUCAUUCUCUUUCUCUUUUCCUUUCUUUAAGUUUUCCUUUCUUUAAGUUCCAAAGGGAAGUUCCAAAGGGAGAGGAAACAACAAAAGCACAAAAGAGUAUUAUUGUAUUGAUUUCUUUGUUGACUUUUCAAAAUGGGAAAAAAAACAAAAAUGGGAGUGUCUUUUUUUUUUGGUACUUAAAAGGGAGUGUCUUGGGAAAAGAAGAGAGUGACAAAAUUAUUGUGGUUGAUUUUUACACUCAUUUUUUUAUAAUUGCAUCCUUUUUUAUUUUUUAGUGAAAAAGAUUGCACAUAAAAAUGCACUAUAAGACAAGAAAAAUGGUGCGAUUAUUUCUUUUUUUUUUUGGUACUUAAAAGGGAGUGUCUUGGGAAAAGAAGAGAGCGCCAAAAUUAUUAGGGUUGAUUUUUACACUCCUUUUUUUAUAAUUGCAUCCUUUUUUGUUUUUUAGUGAAAAAGAUUCCACAUAAAAAUGCACUAUAAGACAAUAAUUUCCUCCUCUCUUUUUCUUUCUCUCUUUCUUCUUUUUCUUUCUUUGUUUUUUUUGACUCAGCUACAUCAUGCCUCCAAGUUACCCAUAUGGAUAUAAAAAGAGAAAAAAAAGAAGCAAAAAGUAAAAGCAUUAGUUCAAUCUUUCAGAGGAGCUGUUGAUAAGUUCUUUUCCUCAUAUAAAAACAAGCAGAAAGCUCUGUUGAAGUCUUGGAAGAUGAAGAAUCUGAAAAUUUGGAGAAUUAUGGAUAUGAAAAUUUUGGUGAAUGAAGAAGAUCAUGAAGAUUUGACUCAACAUCAGCUAGCCCUACCUCAAGACAAGAGCAGUAGUUGUGCACUCAAGUACUGAUCAUGGCUUCUUCAUCAAAUACGCAGGAGAAUGCGGCUGCCACCAGCCGCUCGACACAACCAGUGGACAACUUGGCAGUUACGGAUCAGAGCUGGAGAUACAUACCACUUGUCAAAGCUGUACUUGGAGGGAACUGGGAGAGAGCUAAAAGAUUCUUUGACCAAGAUCAAGGUGCACUCACAGCCUGGGUAACCGAAUUCAGGGAGACAGCUUUGCAUAUAGCAGUUGGCACAGGAAAAGAAAUUCAAUUUGUGGAGAAGUUGGUGGAGCUGAUGCCGGUGGAGGCGCUGGCGCUGACCGACAACCAAGGCCAAACCGCGCUUCAUGCUGCUGCACGGGUCGGCAACACUAAGGCUGCAGAGGUCUUGGUGCAGAAACACCCGCCGCUGCUUUAUAUUCGUCAGAAUGUUGGUUGGUUGCCAAUCCACCAGGCUGCUGUAAAUGCCCAGAGGGAGACCCUUGCAUAUUUGUUGACCGUCACUAAGGAUGAUCCAGUGUCUUUGCCCUUCUCCAACGAUUCUGGUCUUGACUUGAUCAUCUUUGUUAUAUCAUCCAAUUUUUAUGAUAUAGCUUUUAAUUUGGUUGAUCGCUAUCCUCAUUUAGCUACAUUGUGGUCCGGCAAUAGUAGUGCUUUCUCAAGUGCUUUGGCAAGGAUAGCUAAAACUGAGUCUGCAUUCUUAAGUGGGAGUAGCCUCAACUUUUGGCAACGCAUGAUCUACUCUUAUGUUCCUGUGAAGUUGGAGAAGUGCUCUAAAGAACACAAUAUAGGUGACGUUGAGAGUCCACCUAUUAACAUCUCUCAAGCGACACAGGUCCACAAGGACAACCGGGCUCAAUCUUUCGGGGAAGACAACUCCACUUCUGGGCGUACAGUGAGCCAAAAAUUGCAGGCUAUGCUUUGGAAAGUCUUGGAAUUAUCAGUUCCUCAGAUCAAACACAUUCGAGAGCGAAAGCUGGUUCAUCUCCAAGCGCUUCAACUAGUCAAUUCCUUGUGUGAGAAAAUCAAAAGUUUAAACGACAUAGACGCUUACCAUACAAUUGCCAAGACUGCUAUCAUGAUUGCAGCAAAGACAGGGAUUCCCGAGGUCGUAGAGGAGAUUGCUGAAUGGUUUCCCAGUUUAAUCUGGAAAAGAGACUCGGAAAAUCGUAAUGUAUUUCAUCAGGCAAUUAUAUACCGUCACGAAAAUAUUUUCAACCUCAUAUAUCAGAUGAGUGACCACAAAUAUUUUGCCACCAAUUUCCUGGACAAAUUUGGGGACAGUAUGCUGCAUGUGGCUGGACAACUCGCACCUCCAAACAAACUCAAUCUUGUUCCUGGUGCAGCUCUGCAAAUGCAACGUGAGUUACAAUGGCUUAAGGAAGUGGAGAAGUUCUUAUACCCCGGCUAUAGAGAGAUGAAGAAUGCGAAAGAAGAAACUCCUGCAAUGGUGUUUACUAGAGAACACAAGGACUUGGUAGUUGCGGGAGAGAAAUGGAUGAAAGACACUGCAAACUCAUGCACAAUUGCGGCGGCGCUCAUAGCCACUGUGGUAUUCGCAGCUGCAAUCACUGUUCCGGGUGGCAACAAUGGCGACAAUGGCCUCCCAAUUUUCUCCAAACGAAAAGCGUUCAUCGUCUUUGCCGUCUCAGACGCUCUCUCUCUCUUCACGUCCGCCACUUCUCUGCUGAUGUUCUUGUCGAUCCUCACUUCGCGCUACGCAGAGGGCGACUUUCUCUAUGCUCUACCCAAGAGAUUGAUUAUUGGCCUUGUUACCUUGUUCCUGUCUAUAACAGCCAUGAUGGUGGCGUUUAGUUUCACACUCUAUCUUGUGUUUGGACAAAAGAAGGCGUGGACACUAAUUCCAGGGGCUACAUUAGCAUGUCUACCCGUCACUUCUUUUGUGUCCUUACAAUUUCCCCUCCUUGUGGAUGUUAUCUCUUCAACAUAUGGCCCCGGGAUUUUUGGCAAACAGAGUAAUCGACCCUUCUAUUAGUGUGAUCACCAACAAGGUGAAGAAGAAGUCCAAGCACGCCAGGUUUGUAGUCUAAUGGUGUUGGGUAUGUGCUAUUAGGGGUUUAUUUGUUUGGAGCUUGCUUGUUGGAGUAUUUCCUUUGGAUGGUUUUGAUGUUCAAUGUUAGUGCUAUUUAGGGCUUUUAUAUACACAUAGGUAUAUAUACAUAUAUAUUCCUGUAUAUGUACAUCUUAUUUGAUGCUUAUGUCGUUUAUCUGAUGGCAUCAUAUAGCUUUGCUGUCCAAA